CCUGGCACUCUUAACCAUUCUUUGUUAACAGCUGGUUCACAACCAAUCAGAUGGACAACUGAUGGCGCAACAACUGAAGUCACUUUUGCUUUGUUCGACUUUAUCCUGGCCACAGAUCGAGUCAGAGAAAGAGAGAGGGUGUACCAGUGAGUGAAUGAGAGUGAAACAUUUCCAAAACGCAGGAAAAUGGAAGGAAAAGGAUUUUUGCCAAAAUUUCAGGAUAUGACGCUGGUCACAGGGAAGAUACCAGCAGAGGGCCUGCCUCGUGACUUGGACAGCGUGGAGCUCCUGGAUCUACUGUUUGACCAAAAGGAUGGGAUUCUUCGCCACGAGGGCUUCAAUACAGAUGGCAGUGGGAACCCAGAGGGCUGGGGAAUGGCACAGCCAAGUAUCCACAGCGGCAGCAGCAACGAGGAGUUUCUGUCUUCAAUCCUGGCCGAUGCGGUUCCUGCCUCCCCGCUCUGGUCCUCAGCCGGCAGUGACAGCGGGAUAUCGGAAGACCACCUCUCAGACCAACUGGACAGUCCCCAGCACUGCGUCAUGUCCAGCAGCCCCCAGAACAUGGAAGCUGUGCACAAUGAGCCACCAUUUCAGCCCAGGCUAGAACCCAGCUGCUGGGCUACUGGCCUGAGAGUCCCAGAGCUGGGCAUCCAAGGGGCAGAGAUUUCCCUUGGCUUUGAUGACUGGAACUCGGAACCGUUUCAGGAAGAGGGACGGAACAUUCCUUCACAACCUACUGCAGACAACUUCCUCUCCCUGACGGUCAAAGACCUGCUGCUUUCGAACACCAACGAAACGCACAAGCCACAGUUGCAGCCACAUCAAGCACGGGAGCUGGUGCUCAACGAAGAUGAGAAGAAGUUAUUGGUGAAAGAAGGGAUCACCCUUCCGUCGCAGCUGCCACUCACAAAACAAGAAGAGCGGAUUUUAAAGAAGAUUAGGAGAAAGAUCCGGAAUAAACAGUCGGCACAAGAGAGCCGGAAGAAGAAAAAGGAAUACAUAGAUGGCUUGGAAAACAGGAUGGCAGCAUGUACAGCCCAGAAUCAUGAACUGCAGAGGAAGGUCAUCCGGCUGGAAAAGCAGAACAUGACAUUACUACAGCAGUUGAGAAAACUCCAAACCCUGGUCAUGCAUUCAACAGGCAGGACAGCACAGACAAGCACCUGUAUCAUGGUGCUGAUGCUGUCGUUUGCUUUGGUUAUUUUCCCCAGCUUCAGUUCAUUCAGCUUCAAUAAGGGUGGAAAGGAAGACGACUUCACUCCGGUACGAGUAUUUUCCAGGUCUUUGCAUGAUCUGGAGUCGUCUCGGGUGUUUCAGGUGUUGAGCAGUCCCCAUAGCCACGCAGCAGGAGAGAAGUAUUCAGAAUGGAAUGAUCAGCUUCAUGUAGAGAGCAGAGGUACAGCCAACAAACAAGACCAGACUGUGAACGGCAAAGAACUCACUCAAGAUACUGAAAGCCACGCGCCUAAUGGGUCCAACUCUUCGCUGAGGAUUGGUGACAUUGCCAAAGGGGUCACCAUCCUUAAAGAUCUCAAUCCUGAGGACCACAUUGAAGACCCUGUUCGAGGACACUCACCAUGGACUGAACUGACCCCUGACCAUAGAGAUGAAAUGUAGGGGAUUUGGAAAUCUGGGACUUAUCUUUUAAAGGGGAAAGGAAUCAUGACUGAUCAAACAUGGAAGAUCAGAAUCAGAUUUACACCAUUCCAUCAAAAUACAUUGUAUCAGUUCUCCCUUAUACAUCAGAGCCAGCGCCUCGGUCUCAAAUUAGCUGUAUUGCACAGUCCAGAUAUUGCUCUGAUCUGCCCUAUCUUGGCUAACCGGGUACAACUCUAAUUUUUUUUUAACAGGAAGCAUCAGUCUUAAUGACAUUAUUCUGAACAAUCAUUACGUUAAUAUUCAGUAUACUGAUUGAUAUUUUUCAAAACUAAUCACUGUUGACAACAGUUAGUAAGAAUGAAAGGAGUAAGUGUGUAGAAACUAUACUGUUUUGCUUCUUGUUAUAAUGCUAGACACCCUUUUGCCCUUAUUUGAGCCUGGGUCAGAAGUGUGCUCUGAGGUCACUGGAUCUCUGUGGUGAUAUCGUAUUGUGAGUUGGCCCUCUUUCUGGUUUGCACGUCUGAACUUCACAUUUUCUGAGGUGAUCCAUCUCACACGGUUUCAAUUGUUCUUAUGGUGCCUGUUGUUUGUACUUCUCCAGUGAAGAUGGUGAUAGAUGGGCAGGCUUUGAUAGGUAAAGAAUGAACCCCUGGCUAUCUUACCAAAGUUUCUCGUGAGCACCAACAUGGAGAUCGGCUGGCUACGAGGUCAGAUGCUUUGACAGGGAGACUGCAGGAUUCUCCAUAAUGAGCUGAAUGAAAUUUUGUCCCCUGUACUUUUCUUGUGACCCGACUGAGUGAGAAAGAAAUCAAUCUGGCUCUCUAAAUCUCUGCAUGUGCAGUGUUUUUGUCCCUCACUAAAUCCCCAAUUGCAGACUCCAUUCUCUCUCACCAGAGCCCAUUCACCAGACCCUCCUCUCCCAUCAUCCACCCUGUACUGCCAUCUCCUGCCUCAGUAACAAUCCCUCACCAUACCUAUCACCCAUCCCCAUCUCCCCCUACCCUCACCUUUCACCCCCUCAAUGCCCAGGCCUCCUCAUCUUCUGCUCCUUCACCCUUUAUCAUUCCCCAUACGUGAUACUACUUUCUGAUGUGCUAGUUGUUGCUUUAUACUCUUAUUCCUUCCCAAAAAAAUUUAUAACAUUCAAUUGAUGUUCACUGAAGUGAUUUUUUUGUAAAGAUUUCACUGCCACAAUCAGAAUAAGUGCAAAUCAUUAAAAUUCCAAAAUUUUAAAAGUG